UCACAAUGGUGGAGUCCUGGUCCUGGGACAGUGAAGCCAGCAGAGACUCUGGAACUGACCUGUAAAGUGACCGGAGCCUCCCUCACUGACAGCACUAACAUGUACUGUGUGAACUGGAUCCGACAACCUGAAAGGAAACAGAUGAGUGGCUGGGAAGAAUAUGUUAUGAAGCAAGCACAGGUUAUGCUAACUCUGUUCAAGGACGACUGA